GCCGGGUUGACAUGAAGAAGCAGCGGCGGCUAGGGCGGCGGUAGCGGUGGCGAUCGAGGCUUGCAGCGGGCCUCCGGGGCUAAGAGCGCGACGCGGCCUGGAGCGGCAGAAAGCGCAGUGGGCCGAAGAGGAAGCGCGGCAGCCGCCCUGGCCGGUCAUGGAGAUGGAAAAGGAGUUCGAGCAGAUCGACAAGGCCGGGAGCUGGGCGGCCAUUUACCAGGCUUGGAAGAUGUUGCUUUUGAAAGUAGGAAAUAAAAUGGCUUUAGAAGAUGGAGGCAGCCUUUGGUUUGAAGUAGAAGGCUGGUAUGUUCCUAGUCAUCGGCAGGAGCUGCAGCUGGAGAUGGGUGUGGGCCUUCAUCUAAAAUUUCCUAUCUUCAGUUUGAGGAGGUGGCUACCCGUGUAACCACUUAAGAACUGCAUGGAUAUCCGACAUGAAGCCAGUGACUUCCCAUGUAGAGUGGCCAAGCUUCCUAAGAACAAAAACCGAAACAGGUACAGAGACGUCAGUCCUUUUGACCAUAGUCGGAUUAAACUACAUCAAGAAGAUAAUGACUAUAUCAAUGCUAGUUUGAUAAAAAUGGAAGAAGCCCAGAGGAGUUACAUUCUUACCCAGGGCCCUUUGCCUAAUACAUGUGGGCACUUCUGGGAGAUGGUGUGGGAGCAGAAAAGCAGGGGUGUUGUCAUGCUCAACAGAGUGAUGGAGAAGGGGUCGUUAAAAUGUGCACAGUACUGGCCACAAAAAGAAGAAAAAGAAAUGAUCUUUGAAGACACAAAUCUGAAAUUAACAUUGAUCUCUGAAGACAUCAAGUCAUAUUAUACAGUACGGCAAUUAGAAUUGGAAAACCUGACAACUCAAGAAACUCGGGAGAUAUUACAUUUCCACUAUACCACAUGGCCUGACUUUGGAGUCCCUGAAUCACCAGCCUCAUUCCUGAACUUUUUGUUCAAAGUCCGAGAGUCGGGCUCACUUGACCCAGAGCACGGCCCCAUUGUGGUGCACUGCAGCGCCGGCAUCGGCAGGUCAGGGACCUUCUGUCUGGCCGACACCUGCCUCUUGCUGAUGGACAAAAGGAAAGACCCUUCCUCUGUUGAUAUCAAGAAAGUACUGUUAGAAAUGAGGAAAUUUCGGAUGGGUCUGAUCCAAACAGCCGACCAGCUGCGCUUCUCCUACCUGGCUGUGAUCGAAGGUGCCAAGUUCAUCAUGGGAGACUCCUCGGUGCAGGAUCAGUGGAAAGAGCUCUCCCACGAGGACCUGGAGCCCCCACCCGAGCACGUACCCCCACCUCCCCGGCCACCCAAACGUAUCCUAGAGCCACACAAUGGGAAAUGCAAGGACUUCUUCCCAAACCACCAGUGGGUAAAGGAUGAGACUGAAGAGGAUAAAGACUGCCCCAUCGAGGAAGAAAUCAGAAGCCCCUUGAAUGUCCCCUACAGCGUGGAGAGCACGAGUCAAGACACUGAAGUUAGACGUCGGGUCGUGGGGGGUAGUCUGCAAGGUGCCCAGGCUUCCCUACCUGCCAAAGGGGAGCCAUCACCACCCGCGGAAGAGGAGGACCACUCUCUGACUCACUGGAAGCCCUUCCUGGUCAACAUGUGCAUGGCCACAGUCCUCACGGCCGGCGCAUACCUCUGCUACAGGUUCCUGUUCAACAGCAACACAUAGCCUGACCCUCCUCACUCCACCUCCACCCACUGUCCUCCUCCGCCCGCAGAGCCCGCGCCCGACUAGCAGGCUGGCCGCGGCAGGUAAGGGCCGCCGGACAGCGCAGAGCCGGGCCCAGAUGGACGUUGGCUCUGCACUAAGACCCACCCUCCCUGGCUGUGUGUCUCCCCCUCAUUCUUUUACUUUUUCCCCCUUCCCCUUCCUUCCUUUGAGUUCCAAAUCCACAAGCCAUUUUUGGAGGAGAGCAAAGGAGAAUACCAUGCUGGUGGUGCAGAGGAAAGGUGGUCUGCGCCAGGGUCGGGGCUGUCCACCCCACCCCACCCCAGCACCCCUCCUUGGUGCGUCCCAGGUGGGCAGCACACCAUCAUCCCCACCCCCAGAGCCUCCGUGGAAUCUGCGUGUAGUGAGCCUCUCCACUCCAUAUUUAUUUUUAAAUUUUUUUCCCCAAAGGUGUCCAUGGUGCACUAGCAUUUUCUUAAACCAAUAAUGUAUUAAAAUUUUUGAUGUCAGCCUUGCAUCAAGGGCUUUCUCAAAAAGUACAAUAAUAAAUCCUCAGGUAGUACUGGGAACAUAAGACUUUGCCAUGAGCCUGCUGCGUCAGACCAGUCCCAGGAAGGAGGACGGCUGUCAGCGGUCGUUACUUAGUGAUGUUGUGGGUAACGUGAGAAGAUAGAACAGUGCUAUAAUAUAUAAUGAACACUUGGGUAUUUAAUAAGAUACAUGAUAUGAGAUUACUUUGUUCCCAUUAUCCUCCCCCCAGAUCCUUAUUCUCAAUCACCGCUGUCCCCGUGUGUAUUAGAAUGCAUGUAAGGUCUCCUUGUGUCCUGAUGAGAUACCAUGUGCUUGAAAUGAGAACCUUGGAUUUCUGCUUACUAAUGUGCCCCGUGUGCAAGUCCAGUCUGCCUAUGCAUGAUCUGACCCUUACACGGCUGUGGUUCCUAAGGCUGUUGCUGAAGCAGUCGCCAUUCAGCAAUGGAGUGAUGUUUUCUAGUAACAGAUAUUUGCCUAAUUCCUGGCAUGACACUCUGGUGACUUCCUGGUGAGACCUGGCCUGCCCUGGCGCAGCAGGUCUCACCGUAACUCAGACAUUCCAAGGGUUUCGGAAGCCAUAUUCACACCUCCCACUCUGGACGUUUAGGCAAGCAGGGACCCCACUCUGUUGGGAUCAGCCUCCACUGUUCCAAGUUCACACUCUCCUUGAAUAGACCGUGAUUUGGAAGCAAGGCAGCUGUUGGAAGCCACACUUCCUGAAACAGCCUGGGUGACGGUCCCCUAAGAUCAGCCUGCUGCCGUCCUGUCCAGGCUCGCUUUGCCAAGAGGUGCGUCUGCCCCGCCCUGAACCCUGUGGGGACUGAUGGUGCUCACGACUCUUCUGCGAGGGGAACUUCAGCCCUCCACAUAAGUGGCUUUUUUACCAAGAACAAAAAGGCAGCUGUGGCUCCCGAGCACUCUCUUGCCAGCAUUUUCACAUUUUGCCUUUCACGUGGGAGAAGCCAGUACAGAGAAAGUCUGUGGUGGGAACAUUUCGUGGCAUCACCCCCCAGAACCUUGGUGAGGUGUGGAUAAGACUUAGGUGCCAGGCUGUGAGCAUUUUUGAGUUGGGCUUUUUUUUUUAAGUCCUGUAUAUGUAUGUAGUAGUUUGGGUGUGUAUAUAUAGUAGCAUUUCAAAAUGGAUGUACUGGUUUAACCACCUAUCUUUGGAGAACGAUGGCUCUCCACCUGUUACACGUAUGUUAGAGAGGUAGCGAGCUGCUCUGCUAUAUGCCUUAAGCCAAUAUUUACUCAUCGGGUCAUUAUUUUUUACAAUGGCCGUGGAAUAAACCAUUUUUACAAAAAUAAAAACAAACAAACAAACAAAGCAAGGUGUUUUGGUAUAAUGCCUUUCCAGGUGUGUGUAUACACGAAUGCAUGACCGGGUGGGUGGGGGGCGUGUCUCAGGGUCUUCUGUGACCUCACAGAACUGUCAAACUGUACAGUUUUCCAACUUGCCAUAUAAAUGAUGGGUUUGCAGUUUAGUUGCAACAAUAAAAGUUUUUUUUUCUAAAGAAUGUGGAUUUGGGGUGCUUCCCAUUUCUUUGCUUAAUGGACCUAAACCAGGAUGGGCAACUCCUGUUCCUUCCCUGCUGAUGUGAAACAGAUGUUGUCAAUCAAGUAGGGUUAGAAUUUUCCACGACUGCUUCCUGGAGUUUGGGCUGGGAGAGCUCACCCUGGCUGGUGAGCUUGUUUAACACUUCAGGCCUCAGCACAUUUCCUUCCCCUAAACCCACCUUUGUAUGUUUAGGGCCCUUGGAUAAACAAAUUUCAAGUUGUUUGAAGAGCCGUUUUAACCUCAAACCGUGUCCCUUAGCCAGUUGCCUGUAAGGAACUCUAUGGUUGCCACAUUUCGACAUGUCUGUAAAGUCAUAUGUGAUGUAGAAAUGACUUAGAAACAAUGAGAUAUAAAACAUUAGUAUAGUCUCUCUUCUGUGUACAAAAUUAAACAGCAUAAAUCCCC